CAGCACAGCCUUAACCACUGGUCUCUGGCUCCCAGAGAUCUAUCCCUGCUCAGUGCAGCUCUCCAGCUAACCUACCUUGUCCCGCCCACUCAGCGCCCUGCCUACACCCUGCUGGGUCCAAACUCCUACAGGGUUGAGGCCCUGCUCUACAACACCUGUCAGCACAGAAACAGACCUGCAAGCCAACCAUGCGACUGGAUAGAUGUCAUAUGUGGCUGAAUGCAGUGGUUUGUGGACUCCUGCUUCUCUUUGUCCUCAUUUCAGCCCAGGACUCUGCCAGCCCCAUCCGGACCACACUCACAGGGAAGGUGAGGGGCAGUCUCAGCCAUGUGAAGGGCACCGAUGUGGGGGUCCACACCUUCCUGGGAAUCCCCUUUGCCAAGCCACCUGUAGGACCACUGCGGUUUGCACCUCCUGAAGUUCCUGAACCCUGGAGUGGUGUGAGGGAUGGGACUUCCUACCCUGCCAUGUGUCUACAAAAUAUUGAUAAGAUGAAUGUAUUAGCAGUGCAUGUCUUGAAUCUGACCAUGCCUCCCAUCCCCAUGUCUGAGGACUGCCUGUACCUCAAUAUCUACACACCUGCUCAAGCCCAAGAGGGCUCUAACCUACCUGUGAUGGUAUGGAUCCAUGGUGGUGCCCUAGUUAUAGGCAUGGCUUCCUCAUAUGAUGGAUCCAUUCUGGCAGCCUCUGAGAACAUAGUAGUGGUCACUAUCCAGUAUCGCUUGGGUGUCCUGGGCUUCUUCAGCACUGGAGACCAGCAUGCCACUGGAAAUUGGGGCUACCUGGACCAAGUGGCCGCCCUACACUGGGUGCAACAGAAUAUCUUCUACUUUGGAGGCAACCGUGACCGUGUCACCAUUUUUGGCCAGUCUGCAGGUGGCACAAGUGUGUCUUCACAUAUUUUGUCCCCCAUGUCCCAAGGACUCUUCCAUGGGGCCAUCAUGGAGAGUGGUGUGGCUGUGGUGCCUGGCCUUAUCUCCAGCUCAUCUGAGUUUGUCUCUACAGUGGUCGCCAACCUGUCCGCCUGUGGACAGGGAGACUCAGAGGCCCUGGUGCGGUGCCUGCGGGGCAAAAGUGAAGAGGAAAUGCUAGCUAUUACCAAGACCUUCAAGGUCAUUGCUGGUGUAGUGGAUGGAAAUUUCCUGCCCAGGCACCCCCAAGAGCUGCUGGCUUCUGCUGAUUUUCAAUCUGUCCCCAGCAUCAUUGGUGUCAACAAUGAUGAGUUUGGCUGGAUCAUCCCCAAGGGUAUGGAUGCUGUUGACAGCAAAAGGAAAAUGGAUAGAGAGACUAUGAGGGCUAUAAUGCAGCACACAGCAACACAGAUGAUGUUGCCCAGUGAGUUUGGAGACCUAGUGAUGGAGGAAUACGUAGGAAACAAUGAAGACCCCCAGUAUCUCCAAGCCCAGUUCCAAGAGAUGAUGGGAGAUACAAUCUUUGUGAUCCCUGCACUCCAAGUAGCACAAAUUCAGCGUUCCCAUGGUACAGUCUACUUCUAUGAGUUCCAGCAUCGGCCUAACUUCCUCAAAUACUCCAGGCCACCCCACGUGAAGGCUGACCAUUGUGAUGAGAUGUUCCUUGUCUUUGGAUCCUUGUUCUGGAAUAACAAACUUGACCUCACUGAGGAAGAGGAGCUGCUGAGCAAGAGGAUGAUGAAGUAUUGGGCCAACUUUGCUCGAAAUGGGAACCCCAAUGGCCAGGGCCUCCCCCAAUGGCCUGCACUGGACCACGAAGAGUUGUACCUGCAACUGAACCUCCAGCCUUCUGUGGGCCGUGCCCUGAAGGCCUCUAGGAUGAAGUUCUGGAUGGAGACCCUGCCCCAGAAGAUCCAGGAGCUAAAGAGAGCUGAGAAGCACACAGAACUGUAGUUCUUUGUGUUGGGAGAGAGGGUGGUCUUGAAUGAAGUUGUGGUCUGCCUGUGGUAUCACAUACCUACUAAGGACUCUGGGUUGACUCCACAUUGACACAGCUAUUCAUCCUGUCUUUGUCCAUCCACUUAGCCAACACUUAGAAAGAUCCAAUUGCAUAAUGCUCAUUCCCUGCAGUGUGUAUCCUCUUGUCAGAGACACUUGGCAUAUUCCAAGGAAGCUGUGGAUGGGUCAGUCCCAGUGGAUGCCACCUUCCUUUGUACCCACUGAGCCUGGGCCCCUCCUCCCUUCCGCAGCUCUCCUUUUCUCCACCCUGUCUUCUUCCCUUUCUAGGUCCACAUCUUCUCCACUUUGAGAAAAGUGCUCCAGGAAUGCUGCGCUCACUUAGAUGUCAGAACCCUACAUCCACCUCUCAGCAGGCCGCACACUAUCAGGUCUAUAAAUUGCUAAUAGAAAAUCUGGACACCAGAUACCAGUGUGUUAGUGUGUUCAGGAUACUACUUUUUAAAAGCAUGAUCUUCUAUUUGGCAGAAGUUAAUUGCUCUCAGUUUUGGAAGUUGCAAAAUCCAGAAAAGGUGCCAGCAGAUUUGAUAUCUGGUGAGGGUCUGCUUUCUGGUUCUUCCAGAGUAAUUUGUCUCUCUUUCCCCGUAAGACAGAAAGAACAACAGAGCUCUCUCAAGCAUCUUUUAUUGGUGGACACCAAUCCCGUCCCUCUCCUAGUGACUUCCCUCCUUAAUGCCAUCACACUGGAAACUGGUAUCUAUAUGUGAAAAUCUGGGAUGUAAACCUUCAGACCACCACACCCAAUGGUCUCAAAUCUUAGCCACUGAGGCUAAGACCUGACUGUGGUAUCACAUACCUACUGAAGAGUCUGGGUUGACUCCACAUUCACACAGCCACUCAUACUGUCUUUGUCCAUCCACUUAGCCAACAUUUAGGAAGAACCAGUUGCAUAAUGUUCAUUCCCUACAGUGUGUAUCCUCUUCUCAGAGACACUCUGCAUACAUUCACACAGACAGGAUGAAUGGCUAUGUGAAUUAAGGACUUAGCCACUGAGGCCAAGUCUAGACCUUUGGGUUCAGGAAGACUUUCACAUUUUCCACCCUGGGCAACAGGAGGCAAUAACUAAUAAAAAUGGGGAUGUCUCUGAACCCAGUUCUUGCCAUUGUAGAUUAAGGUUUUUAAUUAUCAUAAAACUUCAUUUACCCAUCUAUUUGUGUCCUGGUACCAUUCUGUGAGAACAGGUGUGAGCCUGGUGCCCACAGUCUGUGCCAUCAGGAGUGUGGCCAGUUUCCUCAGUGCCAUGUCUCCUGAGUUUACUCUUUAUAUCUUGUUCUGUAAGUACUCUAAGGCCUACAACUACACCAUCAUAGUGUAUGUGUAAAGGAUUUUGUC